AGUCUCCAUCCGCACAGCAGUCCCCUACUCAUUCGCAACAUUUCUUUAAAUACUAACACUAACAUCCCGCAAUGUCGGCCGCCAGCACCGAGACUAGCGCCCCGCUGCCCACCGCCGGCAGCCGGGUCUUCUUCCAAGGUGCACCCGGAGUUGGUUGCGUGGGCUCCGGCCCCAUCACCGGGGACGACCCGGUCCAGAAGAGACAGGGAAAAGUGACCGUCAAGUACGACAGGAAAGAGCUGCGGAAAAGACUCGUCCUGGAGGAGUGGAUCAUCGAGCAGCUCAGCGACUUGUAUGACUGUGAGGAGGAAGAGAUGCCAGAGGUAGAAAUAGACAUAGAUGACCUGUUGGAGGUCACCAGUGACGACGACAGAGCCAUCAAACUACAGGAAUCAUUAAUAGACUGCUACAAACCAACAGGGGACUUUGUCCGUGAUUUGUUGGCCAGGAUAAGGGGAAUGAGAAAACUCAGUGCACCAACUAAGAAGGGCCUAUAAUGGCUGUGAUGUCAACCAUCAAUCAACCAUAAACUGCGUCAUCUCAGCUCCACCUACUUAACCCACUCAACAUGGACUGUCAUCACACAGAAAUACUUAUCGAAACAUAACAGCAUUUGUAACUAUUCUGCAACUUGCAAACAUGCACCAUAAACUCCAUGCAUAUAGCACUUCAUUUCACAAUCACGUAGAAUAACAAGGUGUAUCGUAAUAUUUAACCGUUGAAAGGUACGCAAGUAAAACAGAGCCAACAUGGUUAAUUAGCAUACAGCCACAGUUAAAUGUCAAGCCCUGGAACGUGCCAGAACUGCAACUGUGCUUUAACAAGAACACCACCCGAUUCCACAUUUCAGAGCCAUGUUACAAGCUGAUGCUGUAAUGCCAACCGCCAUACAGACACCAACAAAAAGGAAGGUGGUAAAAAAAUGUUUGUACUGCAGUAGGUGUGAAAUUAGCUGUAGCACUAUGUAAACACAGUGCUUCAUGAUUUGUCCUUUUUUUACUGAAGUGUUUUGCCGUAACUUCUUUUAAAAAAAUGUACCGUACGUUGCCAUUUAUUGUUCAUGUGAUUGAAAUGUGGUCUUCAACAGUUUUUGUCCUACUUUAAAGUCACCCUGCUUACCCUUACUCAGUCAGUGCUCGCAGGUGUAAGGGAGAUCUGUAGUUUUUAUUUUAAGCACAAGGCGUUAAUACAUCAAUUCUGUCCUUUUGCGAUGUGUAAACUCUAGAAAGAGUGGGCACAUUUUAUGAAGCAAGGCUAAAAUAGUGCGAAGGUUUUGGCUUUUUACCCACUGUUCUUGUAUACUUUUCACCACCGAAAGGCAUGAUGGGUGUUGCAGUUCUCUGUGUGAGACUACAAAACCUGUAUGAUGGCAGCCUUUCACUUAUAAUGUUAUGCGGUGUUGUCCAUUGCUCUUACUCAUCAGAAUACAUAUCUGUUGGUCGUUUAGGUUUAAGCACAAAGCCCAUACAUUGUAGUUGUUUUUUAUUACACUCUGGUUCACUUAACUCUACUAACUCUAAUGGUGGUUGCCUUUAAGGAAAUUCAGGAUCCAAUCACUUUUUUCUCUGCACAGAACCUUAACUACUGACGGCCUAAAAAGGCAAAUAUUUGGUGAGUCAGGACAACUUGAAACUUUGACACUUAAACCGGUCAGGUCCUGUAAGGGAGGGUGUGCCAAAACUGGUAUUUUUACAUCUUAAAUGUUAUACGUCAUGGCGGCAUUAGUGUGACACAGCAUUUCCACAGAGAUUGUUUGUUAGGUUUGUGAAACAUCUUCCAGCAGGCGCAGAACUUUAAGAUGUUUUUUUCCAGGUUGCAGAAAAUAGGUUUUAAUUGCAUAAUCCCAAAUUUAAGAGGUGGAUUUAGGUAUUUAUUGUACAAUCACGACUCUGUUAUGGGUUUGGGCCCAGUUUCACUUCCGAGCAGUCAAUCGUGUACCGAGCGGAAUGGAGCAGACCUGAAUCUACCAUAUUAUACUGUAAACCCUCAGCUGCCAAAGACAAAAGCAGGGCAAUGUUUGAUUUUAACAUAACACUUGCAAAGCACCCGUCUUGCAUGCUAACAACAGAGAGAAAACACUGAUGAAGAGUAUAGAUAUUAUGAACUUAUAAUCAAGCAAAAAAAACUUUUUUGACUUAGCUACCAUGUCUGACUUUGUAGAACUUUUUGUGUUUAAGCAACGUGAAGGUCACGUUGGAGAGAAUCCAGGAAAAUUUUAAAAAUGGUGCUGUUUUUGAUGUUCUUCCCAGGUUUUGGUUGUAUAAAACAAGUUUUUACUGUCGAUUGAUGCCAGAGAAAUGUGUCUUUAAGAAAUGUGUGUCUUUAUUGAUGGGGUGCAUACAGUCUAAAGUGGUUUCCUCUUUGCAUUUCCUUUCCUCAAUCUGGACUGUGCUGGAUGGGUGUCGCCACGCUAAACUAGCAAUGUUCGAAGAGGAAGCCAUUAUAGGUAACUGAGAUGCAUCCAGGGCUCAUGUCGAGGUACUCCAUAGGAUUUUCUCUGUCAAGAAACAGUUCAGGGCCAAUAGGCUGAUAUUUUAUCAUUUAUGGGAUUUCACGUGGAGAGUAUUUUGAAAGUAUCCAUACUAGAGAGUUUUACGUUUGCAUGUAUUUUCAAAGUUGCAUGUUGAGGGGAACAUUUUGUUGGCCCAAAGGUUUUUAUUUCACAAAAUGAAACACUUUCCUUUUUAUACCUUUUAUUAUUAUUAUUAUUAAGACUAAAAUAUUUAGUUUUUCAGCUGCAGUUUUCUUUUUCUGUACAUCCACAAUAAGCGUUCUUGUUUUUAAAAUGUAAUGUGGUGUGUGGUUUGUUUUUGCUGAUAAUAAAAUCGCAGAAGGACUCUGUACUGUUUAAACAGA